AGGCCAAGAGCUUGUGUCGUCCUCCUCUAUAAAUCAUAUCCUCCGCGCCUUCCCGCUUCCCUUUCCCCACCCUCACAAGCUCGGCGAAGCACACGCCGCCGCCGCCGCCGCCCGCCCUCUGCCGUCGCCCCCGGCCUCCGCCUUCUGUCCCGUUAGCGAUUGCCGACCCGCCCCUGCGCCGACCCCCGGGAGGAACCGCGAUUUGCGAAACGCCCCGUGUCGAUGGAUCUCAACGACUUCAAGAUCAUCAAGGAAGGGGAAGCGGAGAUUCUCAUGCACGCUAAGAAUGAAGUCUUUUACAACAAGACCCAGGUUAACAAUAGGGACUUAUCCGUUGCGGUUCUGAGGUCAUUUAUAGAAAAACGAAAGCUGGAGCAUGAGGCCUUCUUGACGAAAAGGACAAAAUCAGCAGAAAAGGUACUUGAGAAAAACUCGGAAUCUGUUUCAGAAGCAGCACCCAAUGAACUGCCAAUGGAUGAUGUAAAAUGUAAUGGAGAGCGAGAAAUGCUUGACGAGACGCCUCAAGAAGAACCUUGCAGUGUCCACGAGGACAUACCUGAGAGCACAAAUGGAAAAAUGAAAAGAGAGCUGAAGCCACCAAGAGUUCUCGAGGCUUUAUCAGCAUCUGGGUUAAGAGCCCUAAGAUAUGCCCGUGAAGUAGAAGGGAUCGGUCAAGUUGUGGCCCUAGACAACGAUAAAGCGUCAGUUGAAGCUUGCAGGCGUAACAUUAAAUUUAAUGGUUCAGUUGCUAGUUCAAAGGUGGAAUCGCAUCUUGCUGAUGCUCGAGUAUUCAUGCUCACCCACCCAAAAGAGUUUGAUGUGGUUGAUCUCGAUCCAUAUGGUUCUCCUUCUGUUUUCUUAGACUCUGCUGUUCAAUCCGUUGUUGAUGGGGGAAUGCUGAUGUGCACAGCAACUGACAUGGCUGUGCUCUGUGGUGGAAAUGGCGAGGUUUGCUAUUCCAAAUAUGGUUCCUAUCCACUAAGAGGGAAGUAUUGCCAUGAAAUGGCUUUAAGGAUCCUUCUAGCCUGCAUUGAGAGCCACGCAAAUCGGUACAAGCGGUACAUUGUUCCUGUGCUAUCUGUUCAGAUGGACUUCUACAUUCGAGUUUUUGUUCGGAUAUACACGUCUGCAAGUGCAAUGAAGAAUACUCCCCUUAAGCUGUCAUAUGUUUAUCAAUGCAUUGGUUGUGAUUCUUUUCAUCUUCAGCAGAUUGGAAGAACAGUUUCCAAGAAUAACAGCGUGAGGUAUUUACCUGGGUUUGGUCCUGUUGUUCCUCAAGAAUGCACCGACUGUGGGAAGAAAUUUAAUAUGGGAGGUCCUAUAUGGUCGGCGCCUAUCCAUGAUCACGAAUGGGUGACUUCGAUACUUGCAGAUUUGAAGUCCAUGAAGGAUCGAUAUCCUGCUUAUGAUCGUAUCUCGGCUGUACUGACAACCAUUUCAGAGGAACUGCCUGAUAUUCCUUUAUUUUUAAGUUUGCACAAUCUCUGUGCCACCCUAAAAUGCACCUCGCCCUCAGCAGUUAUCUUCCGUUCUGCCGUUAUUAAUGCCGGAUAUAGAAUCUCUGGAACUCACGUGAAUCCGUUGGGGCUGAAGACAGAUGCCCCCAUGGACGUUAUUUGGGACAUCAUGCGUUGCUGGGUUAAAAGUCAUCCUGUCAAAGAACAACCUCCAGAUCAGUCUGGAAGUGUGAUACUGGCCAAGGAACCAGCUUUCCAAGCAAAUUUUGCUCGAGCUGUCGCAUCUCUGAGCAAGGCACAAGCCAAGAAGGUUGCGCGCUUCCUUCCAAACCCUGAAAGGCAUUGGGGUCCAAAGCUGAGAGCAGGUCGUCAAAUCACCAGCAAGCACAUUUCUCUUUUGGGUCCAGAGGCGGUAAAUGGAUCUCUCAAGCAUGAUGAUGACGUCGAUGAUGAAGAGGCUCAAGGCGAAGCUAAGCGUCAAAAGACAGCAGAUCCCACCUUAGUUUCAUGAUAUUGACUAAAAAAUGUACGGCUGACUUGGGCUUAAAUUGCAGUCGUCAUAAAUUUUGAUCUCUGGUUUGGCAAGGCAGGCUCCAGUGGAGGAAUGCCCUUCUUUGUGGCCCUUUAUUGUCAUUUAUUUUUGUAAUGUGACAUAGAAUCUAGAACUUUCAGUUGAUUUAUUACGUGCCUUAGCUCCAUGGUUGUGUAAUUUAAACCAUGAUCUUUGGCCAAGUGAAGCUUUUUCA